GUUUUACAGUCGUUGUACAGCACUAUUUCUUAUAAUCAUCGUAUUGCUCUGCUGCUGCCGCCUUUGACCUGCUGUAAAUUUAUUACAAUUUAUAAGAAUAAAUAGGAAAUAAAAGCAAUAUGACGGGUAUUAUGGAUACAGUAGAAAUGCCAAAAUUACCGGAAAACCAAAAAACUUUCGCGGGGAUACCAGAAGCAAUAUUUUUAGAGGAAAUUGAUACAUUUAUGACACAGCCCGAGAACGAAAAUUGUGAGAAAGUGUUGCAACGACUAGACGAACAGCAUGGCAAAUAUCGAUUCAUGGCCUACAACUUAGAGGCGCGCCGUCACAAGCUAAAAUCUCAAAUACCCGAUCUGGAGCGUUCGUUGGAAAUGGUCAAUGUGCUGCGCAAAGAGGACGAGGAGCGCGAAACGCAAUUUCUGCUCAGUGAUCAGGUCUUCAUCAAAACGUUAGUGCCGCCAACAAAAACGGUUUAUCUUUGGUUGGGCGCUAGCGUUAUGUUGGAAUAUCCCCUAGACGAAGCGGAAUCGUUGUUAAAGCAAAAUAUUACAUCCGCUGUGGGCAAUCUUAAGUCUGUCGAGCACGACCAGGACUUUCUCAGAGAUCAAAUAACCACAACCGAGGUUAACAUGGCGCGAGUUUACAACUGGGGCGUUAAAAAGCGGCAGGCCGAAGCUAAAACUAACGCCAGUAAUACGCCUUCCUAGAUAACUCUAAAAAAAAACUUUAAAAAAAUUAAGCAAGAACUUACACAAGGUAAAUCGGGUGUUGUCCCUUAUAUAUUAUUUAUUUAUUGAAAAAUAUAUAAUUUUGAUAUCUGAUGCCCGAUGAAAACACAAAACACUUAAAAAGAUAUAAUCAGCUCGCAGUGCUUUCAAAAUUAUAUUACAAAUCACAAAGGAGACGCAAU